AUGGCCAAUGAGAACCACGGCAGCUCCAGGGAGGAGGCUGCCCUCAUGAGUCACUCUCCCAGCACCUCCCACCAGGGCCAGCCGAGCUCCCCCAAACCCGCCCGUCUGGUGCAGGAUCUGCCAGAUGAGCUGGUGCAGGCGGGCUGGGAGAAGUGCUGGAGUAAGCGAGAGAACCGCCCGUACUACUUCAACCGCUUCACCAACCAGUCGCUCUGGGAGAUGCCGCUGCUGGGGCAGCAUGACGUCAUCUCGGACCCUCUGGGUCUGAAUGCCGCCCCAGGGCCUGCCGAAGGGGGAGCCGGUGAAGCGGCCGCUGCCGAAAGCAACUCAUGCAAACGGAGGCUGUCUGAGGAGGGUCAGCCCAGCGGCAAUCUUGCGAAAAAGCCCAAGAUGGAGGUACCGGCAAACCCCACAGCUCAGCCAGCCCCAAACAUUUCCAGCACUCCCGGGACGCCACUGUUGAAGGUGUGGGGCGUCUCUCCCGAAGAGAGGCAGGCGGCUCUCUUGCGACCAACGGAAGUCUACUGGGACCUGGAUAUUCAGACCAAUGCCGUGAUCAAGCAGCGGGCCCCGUCUGAAGUGCUGCCCCCUCACCCGGAUGUGGAGCUGCUCCGGUCCCAGUUGAUGCUGAAGCUGCGGCAGCAUUACCGGGAGCUCUGCCAGCAGCGGGAGGGAAUUGAUCCUCCCCGGGAGUCCUUCAACCGCUGGAUGCUGGAGCGAAAAGUGGUGGACAAGGGCUCAGACCCUUUGCUGCCCAGCAGCUGCGAGCCCAUCGUGUCUCCCUCCAUGUUCCGAGAAAUCAUGAAUGACAUUCCCAUCAGAUUGUCCCGAAUCAAGUUCCGAGAAGAAGCCAAGCGGUUGCUUUUCAAAUAUGCCGAAGCUGCCAAGCGGCUGAUUGAAUCCAGGAGCGCCUCUCCAGACAGCCGGAAGGUGGUGAAGUGGAACGUAGAAGACACCUUCAGCUGGCUGCGACGGGAUCGCUCGGCCUCCAAGGAGGACUACAUGGACCGGCUGGAGCACCUGCGCAAGCAGUGUGGCCCCCACGUCUCUGCGGCCGCCAAGGACUCGGUGGAGGGCAUCUGCAGCAAGAUCUACCACAUCUCCCUGGAGUACGUCAAGCGCAUCCGCGAGAAGCACCUGGCCAUCCUCAAGGAGCACAACAUCUCCGCCGAGGUGGAGCCUCCCGACGCCCAGGACCGCCUCGUUUACUGCUACCCCCUGCGCCUGGCCGUCCCGUCGCCCGCGCUGCCCAGCAUGGAGAUGCACGUGGAGAACAGCCAGGUCUGCGUGCGCUACAAGGGCGAGGUGGUGAAAGUCAGCCGCAGCUACUUCAGCAAGCUGUGGCUGCUUUAUCGCUACAGCUGCAUCGACGACGCCAGCUUCGAGCACUUCCUGCCCAGGGUGUGGUGCGUCCUCCGCAGGUACCAGAUGAUGUUCGGCAUUGGGCUCCACGAGGGCACCGGCCUGCAGGGGGCGCUCCCGGUGCACGUCUUUGAGGCCCUCCACAAGCACUUCGGGGUGAGCUUUGAGUGCUUCGCCUCCCCCUUGAACUGCUACUUCAAGCAAUACUGCUCGGCCUUCCUCGACACGGACGGCUACUUCGGCUCCAGAGGCCCUUGCCUGGACUUCUUCCCCAUCAGCGGCUCCUUCCAGGCCAACCCCCCCUUCUGCGAGGAGCUGAUGGACGUCAUGGUGACCCACUUCGAGAAACUGCUGGAGGGGUCCAGCGAGCCCCUCUCCUUCAUCGUCUUCAUCCCGGAGUGGCGGGACCCCCCCCCAACCUCCCUGACCCGCAUGGAGCAGAGUCGCUUCAAGCGGCAGCAGCUCGUCCUGCCGGCCUUCGACCACAAGUACCGCAGCGGCUCCCAGCACCUCUGCAAGAAGGAGGAGAUGUACUACAAAGCCGUACACAACACAGCGGUGCUGUUCCUGCAGAACAACGCGGGCUUCUCCAAGUGGGAGCCCACCCAGGAGCGCCUGCACGAGCUGCUCACCGCCUACAAGCACUCGGGGCGUGCCCAGGCUCCCCCCGCCGCCCCUUCGGCCUCCGACAAGGACCCGGAGCCGGUCCGGGAGCAGCAGAGCGCCAGCCGAGAGUCGACCCCCAACUGA